CCCGGGGCUCCGCGAGCCUGUCCAGCAUCCCCCGAGUGCCUCGUUAGCCCGAGGGGCCCCCUCGGCCCUGCACUAGCGACGCCUCCCGCCCGACGCGUCUCUUUCUAGUACAAUGUAGGUCGUGUUUGAAGCGCGUUUAGUGGCAGCCCAAUGUUCAUGCAACUUGAACCACCGCAGCCUGAGAUACACCGUCAACUCAUGCAGUCCCGGUCAGCUCUGUUUUCCGUUGAAGCGUUGACAAUAACGAUCUGACCGUAUCUGACUGCCUUGGGGUUGUAUGUUGUGGCCUCGGACCGUGAGCCGUGUCAAUUUAUCCACGCGUAGUCUCCCUCCGAGACGGCACACCCAUCUGCUCGUACUAGCAUACCGUCAUUCCCGCGCAAUGUCUUCUCUAAAACGAAAAGAACCUCCCACCUCCGCCAGCCAACCGAAACGGAAUGGCGACCUCACGUCCUUCUUCGGCCCUCCCAAAGUCACACCGUCGGGCGGCGGGAAGCCUACGUCCUUUACCAGCAGCUCAACAGCAAGUGAUGCGCCCCCAUUGAAGUUCGACAAGGACAAAUGGGUGGCCAGCCUGACCGAGGAGCAGAGGAAACUGCUGAAGCUAGAAAUCGACACUUUGGACCCGAGCUGGCUGGGCGCAUUGAAAGACGAAGUCACGUCGCCGAGUUUUCUGGAACUGAAGCGGUUCUUGCAGAAAGAGAUUGAUUCAGGACAGAAGAUCUAUCCUCCGCUCGAGGACGUGUACAGCUGGUCUCGUCACUGUCCUCUACACAAGGUGCGCGUGGUGAUCCUAGGACAAGACCCCUACCACGGCCACAACCAAGCCCACGGCCUCUGCUUCUCUGUGCGACCACCUACACCUGCUCCGCCAUCCCUUAAGAACAUCUACAUCGCCAUCAAGAAAGAUUAUCCCGAUUUCAGCCCACCGCCCAAGAACUCGGGGCUCCUGACACCAUGGGCCGACCAAGGCGUGCUCCUGCUCAACACCUGCCUAACGGUGCGUGCGGGCCAGGCCAAUUCGCACGCCAACCGCGGCUGGGAAAAGUUCACUCAAAAGGUCAUUGACACGGUUGUCAAGGUGCGGACGCGGGGUGUUGUGUUUUUGGCUUGGGGCAUGCCGGCCCAGAAACGCUGCGAGAAGAUUACCGGAGGCCGACAUUUGGUAUUGAAGAGCGUACAUCCGUCCCCACUGAGUGCUCACAAGGGGUUCUUCGACUGCGGCCACUUCAAAAAGGCCAAUGAAUGGUUGGAGUCACGCUACGGUCCGGAAGGUGUGAUUGAUUGGAAUCUGAACGUCCAGCAUCCGAUCAAGGCGCCACCGGUCCAGGAACCAGUCAAAGCCACGGCUAGUCAGGAGAAGACGCCCGAAGAAGACGGGCCAGUCACAGAACUCCCGGAGAAGACGGAUGGUGAGAAGGUCGUGCAGAAGGAUGAGUUUGACGGCGAGGACGAUGAAGAUGCCAUCGCCGCAAUGGAGGAAAUUGCCCGACAAGAAGACCAAGCGGAGGCAACUAAGAAAACCAAUGUCGAAUCUGGCGGUCCAGACGAUGGUGGUGAACCCAAAGGCACUCGAGAAGAGACCAAGUCUGAGGCGACCGAUGAGAAGGCUGUCUAGCCCUGUUAUGUUAUUCAGCAUGGGUGCAAGCACUGGUGUUUCCUCGAGUCAGCUUUCCGAAGUUGAUAAUUCUAUUGAUGUUGAUGUCGAUACCAUGUCUGGUCGACAUAGCAUGGUUUCAACACUGCUCCCAGUCAGUACAGGGAUGUCGAACUCUCGAGCCAUGGAUUGUUGCCUUGAUCUCGCAAAAUGUGCAAUUAGAGGCUCCGUCAACUGAGGUGGUUCGAUGUCAUCUCAAACUCGGCGGCUGUCUGCGGUCCACAGGAUCCGCUAGAUACAGGAAAAGUGUUAAAAGACUUUUUUUUCCCUUUCGCGUUUUCCCAAAAAGAGCUGGUCGUCAGAUCCAAGGAGUUUGCUGCAGAUUUGGCGAGGGAACCAUAAUCAAAGCUUAAUAUGAGGCUCUGGGAAAGAGAGAGCCUUGCCAAUGUGCCAUACCUUUACUUUGCGGUAAAUGUACAGUCCUCCUGAAACACAUCAGCCUUGCUAGUAAGUAGUCAACAAGGGGGUCACAAGGGAGUCACAAGGGAGUCACAAGUGUCUUUCCAGCACUACGGGCAGCGUGGUCAAGGUCAGUGGUCACAGGGGCACCGAUACAUUUACAGUAUUUCCUUCUCUCUCUGUAUGAACAGACACACAACAAAGACAGUUAGUCGAGUAGUUCAAAUCGCUCCUUUCAUUUCCAACACUUGAUAAGUGUGUAAGUGUGUAUAUAUAUAUAGCUAAAUUGGCCAUCGGGUCCAUCAUCGGGUUCAUCCGUCGCUAUGUAGCUUGUUGACCACAACAAUCACUUAUGGAUUAUACUUCAACAGCCCCUCCUCAAUAGCCUUGAUCUGC